UGCACGUGAAUCUUGGCUCACAACCCGAACCUGUCAUUCAACUAACGUGAACAGUUCGACGAACAAGAGGCAUUCGAGUGACCACCGAAAUGACGGUGCGUCUGCGCCCUAAUCUUGGGAUCGACAGCCUGGUCGAGCAGCUGGAAAACGUCGGUGCGACAUCGGACGUAAGCGAACUGGACCUUACGAAUUGCAUUCUUCUUCAGCCCUACCAGCUGAUUUCACACAUCAACGAAUGCACGCAUCUAAGAUCCUUGCGGUGCCUAAACUGCGCCCUCAAGCCGAGCGACCUCCUCAUGUUAAUGCUGCAGCGGCUGCGGCACCUUGUCGAAGUCGAGUUCUCCCUGGUGUCCGAGACGGGCGCGGAGGUCGAGUUGGAGCGCAUGCGAGAAAUAGAGUCGCAAGGUGAGAACGGCCCUUCCACCGUGCGCCGCAUGUACGUAGAAGUGGGCAACGACCAAAACUUCCCGCUCCUCUCGAAGCUUCUGCGCUUCUGUCCGAAGAUGGAUGAUCUGCACGUGCAUUUCUUGCGUGGAGCCUUCUGGGCGGCUCUUCUGGAGUGCCGCUCCAUCCUUGCAGAGGGCGUCCUUUUGGAAACAUUCACGUUCACCUCUGAACUGCCGCCGUUCUGUCAGGUCGAGCCGAUCGCCCCAUUGGACUUCACUGGCUUCGCCGCCGUCUGUGCCAACGUUAGCCACAGGAAGUCGAUCCCAUCGUGGAGCUGCGUUCGACUCCGUGACCUCGCAUACGGUUGCAGUAAACGACAAGUCUUGCCGUUCCAGGUGGUCGUCAUUGCCGUCGACUGCGCCGAAGGAGACGCGGCAUGGUGGAUUCGCCUGGCCGGUCUCGGGCACGUCUGGGAGGACGUGCGCAAACUUUGUCUUACGCUACUGCCCGCAGACUCCUCUAGCGUAGUUUACCCGACGGCAGGCGGCGCAUACCGCGGCAGCCUUCGUCACUUCUUCAACACGGCACUCAGGGACAUCGUCGAGCUUAACUUGAGCUCGUUCCAUUUCGGCCCUGAUCUCGACUUUACCCAACUGCUUCAGGAUGGGUCGCUGAAGAAACUGCAGUCGCUCUCGGCGUCGCCUUGCGGACUUCGCCGACCUUCAGCUCUGCGACGUCUAGCUCAAAGCUGCCCCGACUUUAAAGAACUUGACAUGCGCAUUGACGUAAGGGACUACAUUUCUCGGUGUGCUGGCUGCUUCGGCAAGUACUCGAUUGACCCUGAAGAUGUGAUAGAAAUACGCAACGGCGCCGAGGCCGCAUUUCGCCGUGGUCUUGCGAGGAUGACCUUGGCCAACGUGCAUGGCAACGUGUGUUUGUGGUUCAUCAAGAGCUGCAGCCCUACGACCGCAGUGCGGCUCUCCAACUGCUCCUCGCCCGCCAACCUAAACUACGCGCUUUUCGUUGCCCUUCUCGCGAACAGCAGCGCGCUGGAAUGUCUCGUGCUUCGCGGCGACCAUCUGGAUUUCACCGAAGCGUAUUUGCUGGACAACCUUUCCCGUGUUGCCAGCCUGGCGUACUUGUACCUUUUAUCGGCGGCGCCCCUAUCGGACGAUGCAGCCGGGAUGUCCGUGCGUACCCUAUGUACCAGCCUACCUCGUCUCAUGCUCCUGCACGUCCACUACCGAAGUUCUGCCGCCGCAGAUACCGACAAGAGGAUCACGUGGAUGCGGAGAGCGGACAAUCCAGAAGGCUUCGGCGUUCUAGUUCCAAACGGUCCCUGCUUCCAGUGUUGUUCGACGGCUACGUUUAUAGGACUUGCCAAGCCGCUGAACCGUGACUUCGAACCUAUUCUGUAGUUUAAGGCUCGGCGAAGAUUUUUCAAUUGCUGGAUGCGAGUUCUGGACUGUAAAAAAAAUUCUGCCCUUUAAGGCGUCUUUACAAUAAAGAUGCCGUGGUCGCAUGCACACGGUUAAACCAAGCUUGUCGAGACAAUAGCAGCAACUACUGCGGAAAGCAUGCCACGGCGG